ACACAGUGAGGGCAGCGCAGAGCUGAGGAGAGCCAGAGGAGAUGAAGGGUUUCCCGGCCCUGCUGUGGCUGUGUGUAGCGGUGUGUUCAUCCUAUCCCUUGCAUGGACGUGCAGGUGACGAAGGCAAUGGCAUGGAGAUUCUUCAGAAAUACCUAGAAAACUACUAUGGCCUUGAAAAGGAUGCAAAGCAAUUUGUUAAAAGAAUGGGCAGUAGUCCUGUUGUCAGUAAAAUCCGGGAGAUGCAGAAGUUCCUCGGGCUGAAGAUGACAGGAAAGCUGGACUCCAGCACUAUGGAUCUGAUGCACAAGCCCAGGUGUGGCGUUCCCGACGUCGGCGGCUUCACCACCUUUCCAGGCUCACCGAAGUGGAGGAAAAACCACAUCACCUACAGGAUUGUAAAUUAUACACCGGAUUUACCAAGAGAGAGCGUGGACUCCGCCAUCGAGAGAGCCUUGCGAGUCUGGGAGGAGGUGACGCCGCUCACGUUCUCCAGGAUGUCUGAAGGGGAGGCGGACAUAAUGAUCUCCUUUGCGGUUGGAGAACAUGGAGACUUUGUCCCUUUUGAUGGUCCCGGAACAGUCCUGGCUCACGCCUUUGCACCUGGGCUGGGGAUUAACGGAGAUGCUCACUUUGAUGAUGAUGAACAAUGGACAGAGGACACAACAGGUACCAACCUGUUCCUGGUAGCUGCUCAUGAACUUGGCCAUUCCCUGGGUCUGUUUCACUCAGCCAAGGCUGAGGCUUUGAUGUACCCAGUAUACAAGUCUUCCUCAGACCUGGCCCGCUUUCAUCUCUCUCAGGACGAUGUGGAAGGGAUUCAGUCCCUCUACGGACCUCCCCCAGCAUCCCCUGAUGUCCUCGUGGUACCCACCGAACCUAACUCUCCAGAACCUGACACAUCACUGAUGUGCAGUCCUGCUUUGUCCUUUGAUGCAGUCAGCACCCUGCGGGGAGAAGUCUUAUUUUUUAAAGACAGGCACUUUUGGCGCAAAUCUCUCAGAACCCCUGAGCCUGGCUUUCAUUUGGUCUCUUCGUUUUGGCCGUCUCUUCCUUCCAAUGUGGAUGCUGCAUAUGAGGUUACUAACAGAGACACUGUCUUCAUUAUUAAAGGAAAUCAGUACUGGGCUAUCCGAGGGCAUGAGGAGCAAGCAGGGUAUCCUAAAAGCAUCCACACUUUGGGUCUCCCUGCAAGCGUCAGGAAGAUCGAUGCUGCCUUUUCUAGUAAGGAGAAAAAGAAGACAUACUUCUUUGUAGAGGACAAAUACUGGAGAUUUGAUGAGAAGAAACAGUCCAUGGAGCCAGGAUUUCCCAGGAGAAUAGCUGAGGACUUUCCAGGCAUUGACUCAAAGGUGGAUGGUGUCUUUGAAGCAUUUGGGUUCUUCUACUUUUUCAGCGGAUCUUCACAGUUGGAGUUUGACCCAAAUGCAAAGAAAGUGACCCAUGUAUUGAAAAGUAACAGCUGGUUUAAUUGUUAGGAAAGACUCAAGGAAGGCACAACGCGAACAUCGACAGUUCUUCAUCUGAGUCUUUGUGAACUGAAGGGGUUACCUUCCUCAGCAUGUGUGCUGUGGCAGAACCAAAUGGGAGCUAUAGCUCUCCCCACUCAACCUCAGUUGUCGCAGAGCACUCAGAAGCACUGCUAAACUUGUACAUUGCCACAAGGAGAGGAGAGAAGACACUCCAGGACAACAGACAUGUGACUGUAACUAUGGAGAUGAUUUGCUUUUAUUUAAUAAAGAUAAUG